GGCUCGAUUAAUGCUAGACCUGACACGUUGAUACCCUCCACGCACUCUUAACGCAUUGCUCUAGACGGCAGGACUCUCUCUGGACUUCACCCAACAUGCAUCGCUUUCAUCGACAUCUCUCGGUUCUCUUAGUGUUAUGUCUGGCGUUCGUGACGAGGGAGGCGCUGGCGUCGGUGCUCGCGAUCGACUACGGCGCGGACUGGAUCAAGGCGUCGUUGAUGAAGCCCGGUGUGCCCUUUGACGUGCUGCUGAACAAGGACUCGAAGCGGAAGAUACAGUCGAGCGUCGCAUGGAAGAAUGACGAUAGACUUUUUGCUUCCGAUGCCGCGAAUAUCGCGACUCGCUUCCCCACGGACUCGUUCUCCUCGCUCAAGUUCCUGCAAGCCGUGCCCUACGACGCGGACGCCGUCUCGUUCUACGCCAACGUCUCCACCGCCGAAACGGUCGAGACCGCGCGGCACACCGUCGCCCUCGUCCGCAAGGACGGCACGGUGUGGAGCGUCGAGGAGCUGAUCGGGAUGCAGUUCUCGUACGUGAAGGAGCUCGCGGAGUCGCUCGCGGGCGAGAAGGUGACGGACGUGAUCGUCGCCGUGCCGUCCUUCUACUCCCAGUUCGAGCGCGACGCGGUCGCGGACGCGAUCGAGAUCGCGGGACUCCGGCUGCUCGCGCUCAUCAACGACGGCACGGCGGUCGCGGUCAACUACGCGAUGACGCGCACGUUUGCGAAGCCCGAGUAUCACGUCGUGUACGACGCGGGCGCGAGUGCGAUCAGGGCGAGCGUCGUGGAGUUCGCGACGGAGAAGGGCGCGACGAGUAUCAUUGUUAAGGGCGUGGGCCACGACCGGUCUACGGGUGGCACCGAGCUCGAUCGCCGCUUGCGGGACCUGUUGGCCGAGGACUUCAAGACGAAAUACGGGAAGGAUAUCAGGACCGAUAAACGCGGCAUGGCGAGGUUGUGGAAGGAGGCCGGGCGGGUGAAGGCGAUCUUGAGCGCGAACACGGAGAGCAGGGUCACGGUGGAGAGCAUCGCGUUCGAUAUCGACUACAAGAGCAGGAUCACCCGCGCGGCGUUUGAGGAGGCGUGCAAGGACUUGCACUCGCGGUUCGCGCAACCGGUGUUAGACGCUAUCGCCCACUCGGGGUUGACCUUGGAACAAAUCAACUCGGUCAUUCUCUUCGGUGGAAGCACCAGGACGCCGAUGAUACAGUCUGCGCUUAGGGCCGCCGUUGGAGACAAUAAGGUCGCCACCAACGUAAACGCCGAUGAAGCGGCCGUUCUCGGUGCCGCCCUUCAUGGCGCCUCUCUCAGCAGGCAGUUCAAGACCAAGGACAUUAAGAUCUCCGACAUCACACCCUACGACGUCCAGGUCUCGUAUCAGGCCGAGGGCGCCAAGCCGCGCACCAUCAAUACGCUCGUCUUCCCCGCUGGUAGCAAGGUCGGAACGAAAAAGACGCUGACGUUUAAGCGCAAGGAGGACUUCAAGGUCACGAUGGCGUAUAAGACGCCACCCGCUCCUGGAUUCCCAACUGACCUUCUCGAAGUCGACAUUACUGGGGUAGCAGAAGCCAUUGCUAACCUUACCGAACGAGGCGCCGUCGACCCCGUCGUAAAGGCGACAAUCUCUCUUUCCGAAUCAGGCUUUGGGUCCGUUCCGGAAGCGGUCGCCUACGGCGAGAUCAAGGACGAGUCGAUCGCAGGAAAAUUGAAGAAUCUGUUUGGUAAAGGGUCGUCUUCGGAGGUGUCGGCGGAAGAGACCGAAUCCGUGUCGGACGCGCAGGCUUCGCCGUCUGCGUCUGCUGAGAAGAAGAAGGAGACGAAGAAGGAGGACACGAUCAAGCUGACGGUGACGCCGCGGUUCCCGUCGAUUGCGCCGAUGACCGUCGAGGAGAAGAGGACUGCGCGUGAUCGGUUGCGGGCGGUAGAUGCCGAGGAGGCUGUCAAACGCCGCCGCGAAGACGCUCGUAACAGUCUCGAGGCUUACCUCUACCGCGUUCGGGACCUCCUGGACGAGAGCUCGCCAGAUGCGCCGUUCAUGAAGUGCUCGCAGCAGCCAGAGCGCGAGAAGAUGCGGGAGAAGCUCGAAGAGACGUUUGCGUGGCUCAACUCGGAGGGCGAGGACGCGGACACGGCGCAGUACCUCGACAAGCGUACCGCACUCGAGAUACUCGAGAAGCCUGUCGUCCACCGCUACACCGAGAUAGAAGAGUUCCCGCGCGCGCUCAACAACUCGCAAAUGUGGAACUGGAGCACGCGGAUGUUCCUCACCGAGGCGAAGCAGAACCUCACCCAGGAACAAAAGGAAGGGGUCCAGGGCCGUUUCACGCAGGACGACCUCGACGGCCUGGAGAAGACGCUGAAGGAGCACGAGUCGUGGUUGAACGAGUGGGUCGAGAAGCAGAAGAGCGUGAAGAUGAACGAGGACCCGGUGAUCCUGACGAGCGAGAUGAAGGCGCGGGCGAAGACGCUCGAGAACCACCUGCAGAGGCUGGUCAGGAAGAGAGCGCCGAAGAAGCCAAAAACGACGACGACGACUACCUCGAGUACGACCUCGACGGCUGCGGCGGAGACGGAGACGGCGUCUGCGGGCGCAGACGGCAGUCAAGUGCCGGUAGACGAUGCCCGGCCGACUACCUCGUCGCCCGAUCCGAGCUCGACGACGUCCGCCGACGGCGCCAGCGAGACAAAGUCGAAGCACGACGAACUAUGAUACACCGCUGAGAGCUAUAUAUUGUCGUCAACUAUCUGCAUAAUAGAGCAUAUUUUUCGUUACCCUC